AUGGGUGACGGCUUUAACAUCCGCAUCAACAUGCCCACAACACUAACGUGGUCUUUAGGGAGUAGAAUCCCUCUGUCGCCGCCAAUGUGCCAGGAUGCCUUCCUUAUCUUGCAGACGCCACCGCCGAUACCUUGCACGGUCUGUUGUCUGGUUUGA